AUGCUGGAUCUGUUGAUGCCUCUUCAUGUUUCAACUGACGAAGUAUCGAGGAUGAGACCUCCUCUUGUUCCACUUGCAACGUUGAUUGGGCGUGAGCUUAGGAAUGAGAAGAUCGAGAAACCUUUUGUGAAGUAUGGACAAGCUGCUUUAGCAAAGAAAGGAGAGGAUUACUUUCUCAUAAAACCUGACUGCCAGAGGGUUCCUGGGGAUCCGUCAACAUCAUUCUCUGUGUUUGCGAUCUUUGAUGGACAUAAUGGGAUAUCAGCUGCCAUCUUUACAAAGGAGAAGUUGUUGGAUAAUGUAUUGAGUGCAAUUCCUCAAGAUGUUAGUAAGGAAGAGUGGCUUCAAGCACUUCCUCGGGCACUAGUGGCUGGUUUUGUUAAAACUGACAUAGAAUUCCAGAAGAAAGGGGAGACUUCUGGGGGUGUGGUUUCUCUCUUGACAGUUGAUCACAGGCUGGAAGAAAAUGUAGAAGAGAGGGAGCGGGUAACUGCAAGUGGGGGUGAAGUAGGAAGGCUAAAUGUUUUUGGAGGCAACGAGGUUGGCCCCCUGCGUUGUUGGCCUGGUGGAUUAUGUCUUUCUCGGUCAAUUGGUGACACAGAUGUUGGAGAGUUCAUUGUUCCAAUACCUCAUGUCAAGCAAGUGAAACUUUCACAUGCUGGAGGAAGGCUCAUUAUCGCUUCUGAUGGUAUUUGGGAUGCGCUAUCUUCGGAUAUGGCUGCCAAGUCUUGUAGAGGUUUGCUUGCAGAGCUUGCUGCAAAGUUGGUUGUUAAGGAGGCAUUGAGGUCAAGGGGCCUGAAAGAUGAUACAACAUGCCUUGUUGUUGAUAUUAUCCCAUCCGACAUUCCUGUCUUACCUCCAAUACCCAGGAAGAAGCAUAAUAUGUUCAGUUCACUUUUUGGGAAGAAAGCCCUGAGUGCUGUGAGUAAAUCAACAAAUAAGCUUUCUGCUGUUGGUGUGGUGGAGGAACUGUUUGAAGAGGGUUCUGCUAUUCUUGCAGAAAGAUUGGGUAAGGAUUUUCCCGUAAAUGCAAACUCUGGGCUAUAUAGAUGUGCUGUCUGCCAAGUGGAUCAAACCCCAGCUGACGGUGUAUCAGUAAGCUCAGGCUCUUUCUUCUCACCUGGAUCAAAGCCAUGGGAAGGCCCCUUCCUCUGCAGUAACUGUCGGAAAAAGAAAGAUGCCAUGGAAGGGAAAAGGCCGAGCAGACCCACAGUGGUUGCAUAG